AUGACAGCGAGAACGGCAAUGCCACAUGCUGCGUUGGAAAAAGAUUCCGCCUUUGAACCUCUCUUAAAGCCUAUUUACAAGGGCAAGAAAUUGACCGAUGAGAUCAACACGGCAGAGGACAAGUGGAACCUUCUGCCGGCUUUUUUGAAGGUGAAGGGUUUGGUCAAACAGCAUUUGGACUCGUUCAACUACUUUGUGGAUGUAGACCUCAAAAAGAUCAUCAAAGCGAAUGAACUGGUCCUCAGUGACGUCGACCCAGAAUUCUAUCUUAAGUAUGUGGACAUUCGAGUGGGCUACAAGUCGAGCUCAUCCUCCAAAGACUACAUUGUUCCUCCUCACGAGUGCCGGUUGAGAGACAUGACAUACUCAGCACCCGUGUAUGUCGAUAUCGAAUACACCAGAGGUAGAAACAUCAUCAUGCAUAGAGACGUGGAAAUUGGUAGAAUGCCUAUCAUGCUGCGUUCCAACAAAUGUAUUCUGAAUGGCGCCUCAGAAAGUCAAAUGGCCAAGAUCAAUGAGUGUCCGCUUGAUCCCGGUGGCUAUUUCAUCGUGAACGGUACUGAAAAAGUGAUUCUGGUCCAGGAACAACUGUCCAAGAAUCGUAUCAUCGUGGAAGCUGACGAGAAAAAGGCCAUCGUUCAGGCUUCUGUGACAUCUUCUACACACGAGAGAAAAUCUAAGACCUAUGUGAUCACGAAAAAUGACAAGAUCUACUUGAAGCACAACUCCAUUGCCGAAGAAGUGCCCAUCGUGCUUGUGCUCAAGGCCUGUGGUAUUGUCUCCGACCUAGAGAUUAUGCAACUUGUCUGUGGUAACGACAGCAGCUAUCAAGAUAUCUUUGCCAUCAAUUUCGAAGAGGUUGCCAAAAUGAAAAUCUAUACACAGCAGCAAGCAUUGGAAUACAUUGGCGCUAAGGUCAAAACGGUUAGACGUCAAAAGCUCACCACCUUGCAAGAAGGUAUCGAGGCCAUCGCUACCACCGUAAUUGCCCAUUUAACAGUAGAGGCUCUGGACUUCAGGGAAAAGGCUUUGUAUGUUGCCGUCAUGACAAGAAGAGUAGUAAUGGCUAUGCAUAACCCCAAGAUGAUUGAUGAUAGAGAUUACGUUGGUAACAAAAGAUUGGAACUGGCUGGACAACUGAUGUCUCUUCUUUUCGAGGACUUGUUCAAGAAAUUCAACAACGAUUUUAAAGCGAACAUCGACAAAGUUCUCAAAAAGCCCAACAGAGCUAUGGAGUACGAUGCUUUACUGUCUAUCAAUGUCCAUUCUAACAACAUUACAACCGGUUUAAACAGAGCAAUUUCCACUGGUAAUUGGUCCUUGAAGAGAUUUAAAAUGGAAAGGGCAGGUGUUACUCACGUACUUAGCAGACUGUCGUACAUCUCAGCUCUGGGUAUGAUGACAAGAAUCUCUUCACAAUUCGAAAAAUCUCGUAAAGUCUCGGGACCAAGAGCACUGCAACCGUCACAAUUUGGUAUGCUGUGCACCUCUGACACACCGGAAGGUGAGGCGUGUGGUCUUGUUAAAAAUCUUGCCCUCAUGACGCACAUUACAACUGAUGACGAAGAAGAGCCUAUCAGAAAACUGUGUUACUUACUUGGUGUAGAGGACAUUACCGUGGUGGAUAGCGAUACCUUACACCUCAACUAUUGUGUUUAUCUGAAUGGUACCAUCGUGGGUAUUGUGAGGUUCCCGACGAAGUUCGUCACUCAUUUUAGGAACUUGAGAAGAGCCGGAAAAGUCUCCGAUUUUAUCUCUAUCUACACCAACUCGCACCAAAAGGCAGUUCACAUAGCGACUGAUGGUGGUAGAGUUUGUCGUCCAUUGAUCAUUGUUUCUGAUGGAAAGUCGCGUGUAGAAGCACAACAUUUAAAACAGCUACUUGAUGGCAAGCUUCAGUUCGAUGAUUUUCUAAGACUGGGUGUAGUCGAGUAUCUCGAUGUCAACGAGGAGAAUGAUUCGUUCAUUGCGUUGUAUGAGAAAGAUCUCGAGCCCAAAAUAACGCACUUGGAAAUCGAGCCCUUCACCGUCUUGGGUGCCGUGGCUGGUUUGAUUCCAUACCCACACCAUAAUCAAUCGCCCCGUAACACAUACCAAUGUGCUAUGGGUAAGCAAGCCAUUGGGGCAAUUGCCUACAAUCAGUUCAAAAGAAUUGAUACUCUGCUGUAUCUCAUGAUCUAUCCACAACAGCCAAUGGUGAAGACAAAAACAAUCGAACUCAUAAACUAUGACAAAAUACCAGCUGGCCAAAAUGCCACAGUAGCAGUCAUGUCGUACUCCGGUUACGAUAUUGAAGAUGCUCUGGUUCUCAACAAGGCAUCGAUUGAUAGAGGCUUUGGUCGUUGCGAAACAAGGCGGAAACUCACAACAGUGUUGAAAAGAUACCCCAACCAUACUCAAGAUAUGGUUGGCGGUAUGAGGGUUGACGAAAAUGGCGAGCCAAUUUGGCAGCACAGGCCACUGGGUCCUGAUGGGCUGGGAGAAGUCGGUAUGAAAGUGGAGAGUGGACAAAUCUAUGUCAACAAAUCUGUCCCCGCGAACGCUUCUGAUAGUGUCCUAACGCAAACACAAGCCCAAUAUAGAGAAACCCCUGUGGUGUACAGGGCUCCCGAGCCCUCUCAUAUCGACCAAGUCAUGAUGUCAGUAUCUGAAAACGAUCAAGCUCUCAUUAAAGUUCUGCUACGACAGAACAGAAGACCAGAACUGGGUGACAAAUUCUCCUCGAGGCAUGGUCAAAAAGGUGUCUGUGGUAUCAUUGUUAACCAUGAGGAUUUGCCAUUCAACGACCAGGGUGUGGUGCCGGACAUUAUCAUGAACCCCCACGGUUUCCCAUCUCGUAUGACAGUCGGCAAAAUGAAAGAACUGGUUUCAGGUAAGGCUGGUGUAUUAAACGGUAGUUUGGAAUACGGUACGUGUUUCGGCGGUUCGAAGCUCGAAGACAUGACAAGUAUUCUGAUUCAAAACGGUUUCAAUUACUCAGGAAAAGAUAUGCUCUACUCUGGUAUCACCGGUGAAUGUUUACAGGCGUACAUUUUCUUCGGUCCUAUCUAUUAUCAAAAGUUGAAGCAUAUGGUUCUAGACAAAAUGCAUGCCAGAGCUCGAGGCCCAAGGGCUGUUCUGACUCGUCAGCCAACAGAAGGUAGAUCGCGUGAUGGUGGUUUGAGAUUGGGUGAAAUGGAAAGAGAUUGUGUUAUUGCAUAUGGUGCGUCCCAAUUACUUCUAGAAAGACUAAUGAUAAGUUCUGAUGCUUUCGAGGUCGAUGUAUGCAACCACUGUGGACUCAUGGGCUACAGUGGAUGGUGUACGACAUGCAAGAGUGCAGAACACAUCAUAAAAAUGACUAUUCCCUAUGCUGCCAAGUUGUUGUUCCAAGAACUGUUGUCGAUGAACAUCGCACCAAGGUUGAAGCUCGACGAUGUUUUCGAACAGUGA